AUGCGUAGCCUCAUUAUUGCCAUCUUGAGCGUCCUCACAACCCAAGCAUCAUCAGCAUGUACCCGUGAGACCCUCAAAGCCAUCACUGACGCCCACCUUGCCGCCCAAACAGCUGGCCAAACCUCCUUCGCCGCGAAUGCCACUUACACUGAAAACCGCAAGAAAGUCGACCUCAAAUCCAGCGUCCUCUCCAAAGCCCUCAAAGUCGACCACGCCCGAGCCCAGCACGAUGUCCCCCAAUGCGCCGCCUUCAGCGAACUCAUCGUCACCAACUCGGCCGCUCCCUACGUGAUCGCCACACAGAUCCGCCUCGACAACACGACCAACCACGUCUCGCAAAUCGACAGCAUCAUCACAACCAAAGGCGACUGGCUCUUCAACGUCACAGGCACCUACUACUGGGCCUCGCGCGAGAUCUGGGACGCCAUCCCCGCCGCAAAGCGUGACUCCCGCGCCACCAUCCAAGCCGCCGGCGACGCUUACUGCGACCUCUUCUCCAACAAAAGCGUCAAGGUGCCAUGGGGUACGCCGUGCGCGCGUCUUGAAGGCGGGUCGUACACGGGCAAGGGCGCGGCGACGGAUAGUUGCAAUGUCGGUGUGCCGAGUGGGGUGAGUUUAGUCAACAGGCAGUAUGUGAUUGAUGAGGAGUAUGGGACGGUGGAUAUCAUCAUGGAUUUUGCGGGGACAAAGGGACAGGUGGGGAAGAGUGGGUUGCCCGAUAGUCAUGAUUUUAGGGUGGAGGGGGGGAAGUUGAGACAUGAAUCUGAAAACCCGUCAUCAGAACUCUGUGUGCCUUAG